AGUUCUUCCGGGUGUUCAGAGAAGAAAGAAAAAAAUAAGCAGUCUAUCGCCAUGUUUCAGACAGAAGCAUCUGUCAACCGUUUCUAACAGUUUUAUUUCGCGUUGUGUUUGUGAGAGCGUUAACACAGACACAUUUGUUGUUUAUACUUUGAGAAGAGCGUUACAGUGAAUGGCCAGGAGUGCAGGACGGUGUUUUAACAAGUGUUUUUAAUACAGUAAAAGUGCCACGCAAUGCACCAUGGAGGAGGCCCACCAAAUGUGCCGAGGAAUCUCCAGAGAUCCAAGUCUGUCACUGGAUCCGAGACAGAAGACCAACAGCAGCCACAACAGCAACAAUCGCAGCAGCAACUGCCAAUGGCAGUUACACAACAACAGGCAAAUGCCAAUCAUCCUCAGUCACCGGUGACAUCGUUCGCCCCCUCCGCAAGUCCAUCCGCACCACAGUCUCCAAAUUUACAAAUCUUCAUGAGAGGGAGCCCUGUAACAGGCCAGAACGUGAACAUCACUGUACAAAAUGUUCCUGGGAACCAGCAGAUCACCCUCACCUCUCUGCCUCUGCAGAGCCCAGCAUCCCCUGGCUUUCAGCACCAGCCCCCGCAGUGGAGGUUCGAACCCGGGUCAUCAUCUUACAUACAGGUGACGUCACCCCUGCCUCAGACCAUGCAGCCUCAGAGUCCCACCCAACACAGUCCAGUCCCCAUACAGGGUGUGCCCAGACCGGGCGUGUGUGGUCAGAGCCCGACUCGGUUUGUUGAGGCGGGUAUAAUGGUUCGGCAAAUCAGUUUAGGCAGCCCACCCGGAAGUGGCCAUUUUGUGUACCAGGAUCCAACAGGAUUGACGCAGUUGGCUUCAACCACCGCAGGAACCGUUCAGCUUACCUCUCCCGGGACGCCAGGGGCAAUCCGAGAAAGACGACUGUCCCAGCCUCACUCUCAAACGGGUGGCACCAUCCACCAUUUAGGACCACAGAGUCCUGUUGCAUCAGGGGCCGCUUUGCCGACUUUGGGCAGCCCUGGGCACAUCACCACUUCUAAUCUACCACCGCAGAUCAGCAGCAUCAUCCAAGGGCAGCUGGCACGACCUGGCAUGAUCUAUGAGAAGAACGGACAAGGCAUGGUGGCAGGUGUGGCGGCCCCCGUGACGGCUUCUUUUGGAGUUCCUUCCACCAUCCCUCCUUCCAGCCCAUCUCGAAGCAACCCUUCCCAGGGUCUUUCGAACCAAUCGCUGACCCCCACCAGUGUGAAAAAGAUGCAACCGAGAAGGCUGGAGGAGAUCGCGCCUUCAAAUCCAGAAGUGGCGCAGUUGAGGAAGCAGUGCCUGGAGCAUCACGGGAAAAAGAUGGAGAGUCUUAAAGAGGUGUUUAAGGAUUACCUCAUCGAGCUCUUUUUCCUCCAGCACCUGCAGGGAAAUAUGAUGGACUAUCUUGCUUUUAAGAAAAAGCCCUGCGUGCCUCUGUUCACCUACUUGAGGCAAAAUGAUCUUGACCUCGAUGAUGAAGAAGAGGAGGAAGAGCAGUCAGAGGUCAUAAAUGAUGAGGUGAAAGUAGUAACUGGAAAGGAUGGACAGACAGUGACUCCUGUUGCUAUAGCUACGCAACUCCCACCCAACGUGUCUGCAGCGUUCUCCGCUCCGCAGCAGUUCCAGACCCAUGCAGGGGUGGCAGGUGGCAGCAUCUCCAACCCUGUGGACAUGGAGGCUUUCAAACGGCAGCAAGCCAUGGCGCAAGCAGAUCAGGCUAAGAGGUCCCGGAUGGAAGUGGGUCGGCAUGGGAUGAUUUUCCAGCACCCCGCCGUAACUCCUUUAGGAUCUCCCGGCGUUACCCUCCAGCAGCUCAUGCCGACAGCCCAAGGAGGUAUGCCCCCCACACCACAAACGGUACAGAUCGGUGGGCAGAAACAGAACCAACAGCAGUACGACCACUCCAAAGGCCCACCUGUCCAAAACGCGGCCAGCCUUCACACCCCACCCCCACAGCUUCCAGGUCGUCUUCCCCCAGGUGGGCUCUCCAUGGUGGGGCUGCCUCUCUCCCUUUCCCAGGGUCAGGCUAUGGUGGUGGAGCAGCAGACUCAGGCCGCCGGAGGUCAGCUCCAGGCGCAGAUGAAGGUCGUACAGGGUCCCGGAGCCGUGCUGGCUCCGGUCAACCCGCAUGCGCAGCUGCAGGCGCAGCUACAGAUGCAGUCAGGACUCCACUCCCAGUUGCAGCAACAACAGCAAAUGCAGCAAUCAGUCAUGCAGCCUGGCCAACCAACUGUGGCGCUUGCGCGUCCAGGUUUAGACACUUCUCAGCCCGCCCAGCGUUUGAUGUCCAAUUCACACUCCACCCCUGCCAUGUCUCCUGCCCCCCUCAUAUCUCCUACCUCUCUUCCCUCCCCGUAUCCUUCUGUCCCGGUCCGGACACCCAGUGCCGGUCCCAGUCUCUCCCCUGCUGCGCAGUCCAAACUCGCUACCACGAAUGGAACCACAGGGCUUAAGUUAUCCGGGGUGGCUCAGAGUCCGUUUGGGCAGAACUCGCAGGAAUGCUCUCAGGACAAGCAAGCAGAACAAGCCAAGCUGGAGAGUCACGUUCACCAGCGCAUCGCAGAGCUCCGUAAAGAGGGCCAGUGGUCGGCCAGCCGUUUACCCAAACUUCAGGAGGCCUGCAGGCCCAAAUCCCACUGGGACUAUCUGCUGGAGGAGAUGCAGUGGAUGGCUGCUGACUUUGCCCAGGAGAGGCGCUGGAAGAUGGCUGCUGCCAAGAAGCUUGUGCGCACUUGCGCGCGUUACCUGGAAGAGCAGAAGAAGACUGAAGAACGAGAGAAGAGGGAGGAGGAGAUGAGACUGCGACACAUUGCCAGCACUAUUGCUCGCAGUGUUGACUACUUCUGGUCCAAUAUCGAACAGGUUGUUGAAAUCAAGUUACGGUUCGAGAUCUAUGACAAACAAAAAAAAGUUCAUAGCGUGCUUAAGGCACCAACCAAAGGGCAAUGUGGUAAGUCGGCCAAGCCAGGAGAGAAGUCAGAUAAAGAAAGUAGAGUGCAGGAGGCUGGUCCAUCCCGCAAGAGAAAAUCAAGCACCUCGCUGUCAGAUGUAGAGGUUGAAGAUGAGGAGAGUACGAUAGAAGAACAGGAGGCUACAGAGGUGGCAGCGGAUCAGAAAGCCGAACUGGCCGUACUGACUAAAGAGGCUGAGGUGCCAUUGGAUGAUCUGGUGAAGCAGUAUGCCGGAGCUUAUGCCGAGGGAUUCGAUUGGCCACAGCCCUGCAUCCAGAGUGAGGAUGAAGACAAAGAGGACGCCGAUGACAUGGAUUCUCCAUUGGGCAGUCCACAUGAUGCAGUGUUGAUAGACUCUCUGCUAAGCAUGGAUCAGUACCGCGGGGCUGAGCGAUCAUCUACCGGGGCUAAUGGAAAGGCCACAAAAGAUAUUGCAGAAGUUGCUGCGGCAACAGACCUCAUUCUACCCAAAGGAAGUGCUAGGACUGCUUUGACCGGUAAUUUUUCUCCUCCUGCUCUUCUGCAUGGCUCUCUGAGGGACUAUCAGCAGGUUGGGGUGGAGUGGCUGGCAAGCCUCCAUCGCAAAAACCUCAAUGGCAUCCUGGCAGACGAGACCGGACUUGGCAAAACCGUACAGACUGUGGCUUACUUUGCUCAUCUGGCUUGCAACCAAGGUAUAUGGGGACCACAUUUGGUGGUGGUGAGAACUUGUAAACUUCUAAACUGGGAGAUGGAGUUUAAACGCUGGUGUCCUGGACUGAAGAUACUCUUGUACCUCGGAAGCAGAAAGCAGCGCAGAUACAAGAGAUUGAGGUGGUGUGAACCCAACAGCUUCCAUGUAUGUGUGACAUCAUACAAGCUCCUCCUGAAAGAUCACGCCCAUUUCCUCAAGAGACGCUGGAGGCACCUGGUGCUGGAUGAAGUUCAGCUCAUCAGAAAUAUGACUGAGAAACACUGGGAAACCAUCUUCAAUAUCAAAAGUCAUCAGAGGAUCCUCUUAAUCAACACACCUCUACAAAACACUCUGAAAGAGUUAUGGACCAUGAUCCACUUCCUCCUGCCAGGAAUCACUCACCCUUACCUCAAUUUCCCUGUCAAACCCGGCACUGAUCAGAACCAGGACUACUGCCACAAGCUGGUCAUCAGAUUGCACAGGAUGAUUCAGCCCUUUAUCCUUCGUCGCUCCAAAAGAGAUGUAGAGAAGCAGCUGCCCAAGAAGUACGAGCACAUUCUGAAGUGCCGUCUGUCCAAGAGGCAGAAAAGCAUGUACGAGGACAUCCUCAUCCAGCCCAGUGCACAGGAGGCCCUAAAGACAGGACAUUUUGUGAGAGUCCUUGAAGUUCUUAUGCAGCUGCAGAGGAUCUGUAACCAUCCAGACCUGAUCCAGACCAGAAACACGCACAGCUCUUACAUAUGUCAGCCUCUGCAAUACAACACCCCAUCUUUACUGCUUACUGCUCUGCAACAGGACCAGUGGAAGACUGUAGAUAUGUCUCUGUUCGAUCUUAUUGGUAACGAGGGCAAGCUGACCCGUUAUGAGGCCGAGGAGGUUUUCCCCAAACUCAGAAUGACCAAACAACUCAUUGAGGAGAUCUACAAUGCACCUGACGCUCCACCUAGACCAAGACCAUGCAAAAUUAAACCUAUGAGAUUGUUCCUGCCAGUGCAGUACGGGACUAAACCAGAAGGACGUCUGGUCCCUAUGACCACCAGCACCACUCAAGCACCGCGUGCCACUGCUGUAACUUCUGCCCCUACCACCACUUCUGCUUCCACUACUGCUGCCCCAGGCACACAGCCCAGAGGCAAAUCACCCCUUACCUCCGCCACUUCCACACAAGCCUCAACAACCAACAGCUCACCUGGACCACUCUUAACAGGAACCACCCCUAAUCCCCCUUCUGCCCCUCUGGCAAUGAGUGUGCCAGGGGUCACCACUUUACCCCCUAUGCCUGCUGUGGCCCCCCAGGCCCCUGCCGCCCACCCCCUUCAGCCCAACUUGGUAUCCCAGAGGCUGGUGCUCGGCUCCCAGGCCCAGGCACGCUUGCCUAGUGGAGAUGUAGUGAAGGUUGCUCAGUUGGUCAGUCAGGGCCGUAUCGCCCAGCCAGAGACUCCCGUGACCCUGCAGUUCCAGGGCAACAAGUUUACCUUGUCCCCGAGUCAACUCCGCCAGCUCACCACCGGCCAGCCUCUGCAGCUUCAAGGUAACAUCCUACAGAUCGUGUCGGCCCCCGGACAGCCUCUCCUUAGGCCACAGGCACCGCCCAUGGUGAUGCCCACUGUACCCCAGGCUGUUCCUGUCCAAAACUCCUCAGGCACUCCUCCUGCCACAUCCACACCAGUGCAAGGAAAUGCCGUGGCAAGUACAACAGCUCCAACCUCCACAGACACGCAUACACAUGGCAAACCUUCAACCAAUGCCACCUCACAAGAGUCGAGCGAGGAAAGGAACAGACAGCUAAAGGAGCGCCUGGCUCGUUUGUUUAACGUAAACGAGUGGCGCUCCUCACGCUCCGUGUUGUACGGUUCUGACCUGAUCAAGUCCUGCUCUGUUUAUGAGGGACGCCCUCCUCCGGCCUUCCCCGCUCCCCAGCAUUCCCGCUGGACAUGGGUGGGAAGAGACAGCUGUCUGAGGGCUAAGCGGACAUGUGUGUCCACUGUGGCUCCGCUCCGUUCUGCUAUCCUUUCCAACGUGGAGCAGCUGGAAGCAGUAGGCAACCUGGCGAAGACGUUCUCCUGUCUACUUCCUGCUGCUGUAGCUCCUCCCCCUCAGUUGUACGCAGCCAAUCCUCCACCCUCGUACAGCCUAGCUCAAAAGUCACUCAGACGACAGCUGCAAGAAGCGUCCGCUCCGCAUAAUGCAGAGAUACGUAGUUUGACCUGUCCUACUGUGGUCAGCUUCCCGGAUAUGCACAUGCUAGAGAUGGAUUCAGGAAAACUGGAGGCUUUGUCCAUCCUGCUCCAGAAGCUGAGUGCUGAGAACAGACGUGUACUGAUCUUCACACAAAUGGCCAGCAUGCUGGACAUACUGGAGGCCUUUUUAGACAAUCGCCGCCUUACCUACGUACGGCUAGACGAGAGUCUGUCGCUAGAGGAGAAACGGGCACAAGUCAAGAGGUUUAACCGCAACAGACAAAUCUUCUGCACCAUCCUGACCAAUCGCUGCUGCUCGGCCAUGGGUCAAGUGCUUGACGCCGACACCAUUGUGUUCUAUGACACAGACUUGAACCCAAGCAUGGACAUGCGCACGCAGGAGUGGUGCGACAAGAUUGGCCGCUCCAAAGAUAUACACAUCUACAGGCUGGAGAGUGGAAACUCCAUUGAGGAAAAGCUCCUGAAGAAUGGCACUAAGGAUCUUAUACGAGAGGUGGCUGCGCAGGGCAUGGACUACACGCUAGCCUUUUUAACACAGCGCACCAUUCAGGAUCUCUUUGAGGUGGAGGCUGGCUCUGGAGAGAAAGUGGAGGAGUUUGUGGUCCUUCACCAGGAGCCGUCCCCAUCCGAAUCCAUUCCUCCUCACGUGGCCAGGCCGUAUAUCCAGGCCCUGAACAGCAUUCGACAGGAGACCCAGCACGGAGAGGACGAAGAGGAAGUAGAAAGACAAGAGGAAGUUGAUGAGGAAAAGGGAGAGGAAGAAAAGAUGGAAGUGGAAGAAGGGGGCGUGUCACCGUUAGAAGAGCUAGCAGCUGUUAUGGAUCAGCUCACUCCUAUUGAGAGAUAUGCACUGCAGUAUCUGGAGUACCUGCACAUCAGUGCGGAUGAACAGGCGGUGAAGGAGCGUAUAGAGGCUGCUAAGAGAACUUGGGAACUGCAACAACAGCAGAAACUGAAGGUGGAGAGAGAAGAGCAGAUGAUGCUUGAAGAUGAAGAGGAUCUGUUCACCUACACCAGAGAGGAUGCUUACAACAUGGAGUAUGUGUUUGAGAACGAGGAUGGACAAACAGAAAUUAUGCCUCUGUGGACUCCUCCAACUCCACCACAGGAUGACAACGACAUCUACAUUGACUCUGUAAUCUGCCUCAUGUAUGACACUGCACCCAUGCCAGAGUCCAAACUGCCUCCGGUCUACGUCCGCAAAGAACGCAAGAGGCACAUGGACCCAUCAGCUUUGGGCCGUAAGAAGAAGAAGGGCCACGGAGAAGCUGUGAUUCCUCCACGCUCUCUCUUUGACAAAGCAAGUCUUCUUAAGGUGAGACGAGAGGGCAAAGACCAAAAGAAGAACUUUUCCCUGAAGCAACAAGCUCCUUUUGCCAAACCGUUGCCCUCGCUGCUUAAACCAGCUAUGGAGGCCGGACAGGACAAUCCUGAGUGGCUCAUCAGUGAGGACUGGGCCCUGCUACAGGCUGUGAAACAGUUACUGGAGCUUCCUCUCAACCUCACCAUUGUGUCGCCGGCUCACACACCUAACUGGGACCUGGUGAGCGACGUGGUCAACUCCUGCAGCAGGAUCUACCGCUCACCCAAACAGUGUCGUAAUCGAUACGAGAACGUCAUCAUUCCCAGAGAGGAGGGCAAGCUAAUUUAUGAAGCGAACCCUAAAAAGAACAAGACCAAGAGCAUUUAUAAGUCCAAGAACAGCCGACCUCUACGCACGUGCCAGAUCUACACACAGGACGACAGUGCCACUCAGAUUCAGCUUUACAAUAGCCGCUUCGAGCUGAUGAAAAUCAUCGCCAGCAAGAGAAGCCCACCCAUAAAACCACUACUGGGCAUGAAUCCAUUCCAGAAGAACCCCAAGCAUGCAUCUGUGCUGGCUGAGAGUGGAAUAAGCUACGAUAAGCCUUUGCCUCCUAUUCAAGUGGCCUCUCAGAGAGCUGAGAGAAUUGCUAAAGAAAAGAAGGCUUUGGCUGAACAGCAGCGGGCCCAGCAGCAACAGCAGCAGGCCACAGGAGCCGCCCAGCCGCAGGGGACCACCACCCAGUCUCAAGCCCAACCACAGGCCACUGCAUCCGGGACGCAGGCCACAGGGGUUCCCCAACCCAACCAACCCGGAACUGCAGCAGUCCCAAAUACUGCUGUACUGACCGGUGCUAUCAAGACUGCCGCCGUGGGCACAAGCAUCCAGCCAGCAGCUACAGUGAGUGGGAAUGUGAUCGUAAACACCGUGGCUGGAGUUCCUGCUGCUCAGUACCAGCCGAAGCGUCUGGCCUCUCCUGUCCUGACCAGCCCUGCGGCAGGAACUCCGAUCGCUCAAGUGGUCCACACCCAACAGAGAGCAGUGUCUGCAGCAGCUCCUCCGACAGAGGUUGUCGCCAUAGCGACGGGUCAAGGCGUGAGGGCCGUUACUCCGGUGACCGCAUCAGCAGUAGUGUCCACCAAUCUGACUCCGGGUCAGUGCCAAACACGCUCGCUGAUGGCUCCAGCUAUGCAGUUGUCUCAGGCUAAGACAGCUCAACUCACACCAGCUCAAAUUCAACUCAUCAGACAGCAACAACAGGCUGGAUCUCCACAGAUCAAAGCAGUGGGAAAGCCACAGCAGGAGCUGUUAAAGCAGAAGCAGAAGUUGAUGUCACAGCAUCAGGUUGCGGCUGCAGUAGCUGCAGCUCAGGGUCAGCAGGCCGCAUCCACGCAGCAGCCUCAGCAAGUGCAGGCAGCCCCAGCAGCUCAGGCCAACCCUCAACUAACUGCGGUAGCACCCAGAACCGGAGCCGUGAUCGCGGGUACCGCUGUUGCCAAUGUACAGGUCGCCAGACUGACACGUCUCCCAGCAACAGGACCCAUUCAGGCUCAGCCAGGUCAAACCGCCCAGGUGACACUGACUAAACCACCUUUAGUCUCGGUUCCUACCGUGGUCUCCUCCGCUGGGGUCACGACCCUUCCUGUUACCGUGGCCAACAUCAACCUUGCCAUCGGGCAGGCCCAGAAAGCAGGUGGUCAGGUGGUCACCCAUCCCUUCCAGGUGCAGCAUGUCCAGCAGCUGUACAGACAGAAACAGCAGGCACCUACACAAACAGGCGCAGUCCAAAAAGCAGCACAGCCACAGCAAACACAAGCUGCCGUGCAACAAAAGCAGGCCGCUCAGCCCACAGCACAACAGCAGCAGCAGCAAAAGGUGACGUAUGCAGCCGCCCCCCAGCUGCAGCCGGGCAUUAAGACCCAGUUCUUCACCACCUCCAUCGCACAGCAACAGAAACCUGCUGGUGCUGCACAGCAGAUACAGGUUGCUAAGCUUCCUCAAAUAGUACAGCAGCAGAUAGUGUCCUCACCUCAACAGAUCCAGGCGCAACCCCAGACGGUGGCCCUGACCCAGGGAGCACCUGCAGCGGGUUCGGCUCAGGUGCAGGUCAUCCCCGCCGGAUCCGCACAAGUGGUCCAACAGAAGCUCCUUCAGCAGCAGGUCGUCACGGCAGCAGCCUCCCCUCAAAUCCAGACUCCACCCCCACAGAGCCCCGCCCAGCAGCAGAGCGUCUCGGCACCCCCCGCGUCCGAGUCUCCGGUGCAGCAGGCCGCCACCCCUCAGCCCCAGCAGGGCAAAGGAAACGCCCGCACUGGUGCAGCCAUGCGCUCCAAAACCCCCGCCAAACCUAGCAGCUAAAUGGGCACAACAUCCGUUUUGUUUCGAGAAGACGACUGACACUUUGUUAUUAAGGAACCAUAGACUUGCUGAAUGAAAGGGCAACACCUUUUUACCGUUACGGACAUCAUUUGAAGUAAAUCUACCCACAUCUUAAGCUAAUGAGGCCAAUCUGUUUCUUUUACUUUUUGUUUCGUUUUUAAGUCCCCUCCUUAAGUGUGUACUGCCCAGAAGUAAAGCAUGACAGUUCAGACUGACUUCAUGUUUCAAACACUGUAUAUGACGGCUCAUUUUGUACUGAACUAUAAAAGCUUGCUGUUCUUUUUCUACCACGCUACGUUCUUAAGGUCACGAAUGAAGUGCGCUUGGAUCUGCAAGGCUUCAUUUGGGGCACCGGGACCUCCAGUAUUUUUUCAUAAUGUUAAGUCAGUCAAGUUAUCUGUGUGUCCUCCAAUGUUUUAUUUUAAUAGGUAUGGUAUUGUUGUCCCUUUGUGUAGAUAAAAAAUGAUGAUGAUAUAAACCAUGAUUGUGGUUAGUAAGUUUCUGUGAAGUGAAGAUGGCAAACUACCUUAAGUUUGAUUUAUAGCUAUUAAAAGACAAGCUAUUGUGUCAGUCAUUGCAAAUGUACCAGUACUACAAAUUGUAUUUUCUAUAUAUCUAUAUAUAAAAAUUGGGUUUUGCUUGUAUGAUGCAUAACUCCCUAAAAGUGAAUUACUGCCACCAUAGAUGUUCAUUUACAAGGGCGUAAUUCGGAGAGAUUGUCUGCAUGGAUAAGAUGGAGACCACCUGAAAAUUGUUUAGUAAUGUGUAUGUGUACGUUAAGCGUUUGUAUAAUACAACACCUCAGAAUAUAUUUAAUAUGUCCUCAAAUCAGUACAACAAUAAUCCUGCACUGUAGCCAUUUGGUGCCAUUCAAGUUAGCGGCAGCUAUGGAAAGUUUCGCUCUCCUUACUCCGAUUUGGAAGAAAUGUGUCAUUUUGGAAAACAUCUGUGAAACAUUUUCUUUAUCCUUGUUUUUCUUACACAUAGUUAUGAACAAUAUCACCAUUAGUCAAUAGAGGCAGACCUCAGUCUGGCUGUUAGUGUGUUUACACUGGCCUGGAUCAGUCAUUGACUUUUUCCCUUCGUGAUUUAGUCUAUCUCUAAUGUUGGGGCUUUCGGUCGUGUCUUUUUGUAUUGAUGUCGGGUCAGGAACACAUGUAAAUAACUUGGGAGGGAGGGGACAAAAGCAUUUGUAUUUGUAAAGUACUUGUGUAUUCAUUUUUUUCAGCCUAAUUGUAUAAAGUGUUAUGUUUUUACACA